AUGGCUGAUGAUUUCGGUUUCUUCUCCUCGUCGGAGAGCGGAGCAGCCGAGGCCGCCGAAGAGGACCCGGCCGCCGCUUUCCUGGCUCAGCAAGAGAGCGAGAUCGCGGGCAUCGAGAACGACGAGGGCUUCAGCACCGCCGACGGGGCCGCGGGAGGCAGCCAGGAGGCAGCCGAGGCGCCGGGUGAGCCGGAGCGGCGAAGGGCAAAGAAGCGGCGCGCGGGCCUGCGCCGAGAUGCGGCGGGCGAGCCGGGCUUCUCGGGGGUGCGGGCGGGGGAGGCGCCGCGGGACACCUGCUUGGCAUGCAGAAGGUCACGGGUUCCCUCCCAGCCACCUCUGGGUAGGGCUGGGAACGACCCUGCUGCCAGUACCGCCGCUAGAUGGACCAGUUGCCGGACUCGGUGCUGGGGCAGCUCCCCGUGUUUCUGUGCAUUCCUCCUCGGCCUGGGUAUAAAGAUGAAGCGGCGGACAGAAGGAUGGCUUGGAGGGAGCCUCUGAGGUUCCUCUGUCUCUCCUUGGGGUGGGAGAAGAGGAAGUGGUACUCCCUGUCCGCCAUCCCCGAGGCCUUGGCCGUCUGCAUCCUGGCAGAGAUGUCUUUGCCUCUGCUACAAAUUAUAACUUUGCCUGCUUUUGGUGCAGUCUUUGGUAGAGCACUGUCCUCUUUUUCUAGCUCAGCCCUUUAGGUCAGGAAGCAGGUGUGCUUUGGAUUUGGGACUCAUAGGAAACAGAGGCCUUUUACUCUUCAGGACAACCUCUGCAGCCACAGGAAGGGAAUCAGAGUUGGGAGAGGUCUCAAAGACCAUCUGGGCCAACCAGCUGCUGCUGCAGACGCCCCCUUCUACACCUAGGGGCUUUGAAUAGUUAGCAUCUUUUGGCCAGGUGUGAACAGUUGGCCCAAGGCAGAACAGCCCCAGUGUGACCCACAGAGAGAGCUCUCACUAGUCUUCCUUGGCUGGGAUGAGGCAGGCAAGUAUUAGGCCCAAGUGCUAGGCUGGAGAGAGAUGAUAUAGAACGAAGGAACCAUUCUUAGGGGACAGGCCUCCUGAAGCUCAAGGCCGACUUUGGGAGGAGUCCUUACAAAUGUUGCCAGACCAGAUCCAGGCUUCCUGGGUGUAGCCACAUAUUCAGGGUGUGUGCAUGGUGCCAAGGAAAAGCAAGGGCAUCUACAAGGAAGUGACAUAAGGAAAGGAAGGAAUAGGUUCUCUUACCAUGGGAAAAGCACAAGGAAUGCUGCCCCUUUGUCCUUUGACUUACUCUCCUCCUUUGCCUUAGCUCUGCUGAGGGUUGUCAACUUUUUCAGCUGGCCUGCUCCUGUGCCUUUGCCAUCAGCCUGGGUUGUGGGGAUUUUCCACUGCUGGAUCUCAUUGCCAAAAAAGCUUCUUAAUUUCUGCAUGUCAUGCUGCUGUUGAAAACAGAACAAGUGAAAAAGACAAGUCCAUUCUUGGCUCUGCUUAGUCAGGAGCCCUGAAACGAUCUCCUUCCCAAGCAAGAAAGUUACACUCUUUAGCCAUAGUUACUGUUUUCAAAGGUCUUGUGAACUGAAAACACACUGUCCCCAUUUGGCCUUUCCAAGCAUGCUCCAAGUAAGAAGCCUAGAGUCUCAGAACCUGUUUAAACAGUUGACAAGGAAUCUCCCGCUUCUUUGCAGCCCAUUAAAUAUCUGGAGCCAGCCCCCUUCUUCUUAUGCACUGGCUGAUCUCAUGGACUGUAUAUAUUUCCAUUGACCUCUAAGUAAACAUGUAUGGGAUCAGGCUGCUGAUUUGUUAACUUAGUUUUGUUUCUUCCAUUGUACAUCCACUCACUCUUUCCUAUAUUCCCACUAUUUCCCCACACCAGUUCAUGCAUCUGAUGAAUUAAAUUCUAGCUUACAGAAAUCCAUGCCCACAAUUUGCACCCUCAUCAAACCAGCUUUUCUUAGUAACAUCCCACUGUGCCUUACCCUCAAUGCAAAAAUUACAAUGUCCCAUUUAACUCAGUGGGGACUUAUUUCAAAGUAAAUUCCUAUCAUCUCCUGCUAUCAGAUUUGCUUGCAGUGCUGAGGAAAGGAGGCUUCUGGCUUCUAAAACUGCAGAACUUCUGAUCUCAGCAGUUGCUCACAGGUGCCACAGUUACCAGGUCCUUAUCCAAGGGCUUAGAGAUUAAUGAAAAUGAGGCGCAAAUUGAUGGACUGGCUUUUACUGAGAAGGUUGCACCAAAGAGACUAACAGCAACCACAACCAUUGGCUUGGCUACUUAGGACUUAUUUUGGGGUGCUGGAAUAUAGGGGUGAGCAUUCCAGAUUCCUGCACUUUCUGUCCCCAGAUUCUGAGACUCUGGAUUUUCUCUCUGUCUUCCAACUUCCACACAUUGCUGUGUUUACCUGUCUGACACAGACCUCCCACUUUUGUAAUCCAGUCAAACCAUGAGCUGGUCCCAUAAUAUAACCCAUUCCACCAGCCUUUCCCCAACCUGCUGCCUUCCAGAUGUUUUUGGCUACAGCUUCCAUUAGCCUAAGUGGCACAAAUGGCUACUAACAUGUUUUUAUUUUUUUUCUUCUGCAGCUGAUUUUGACAGCAAUGGGGCCACUGUGAACGGAGACCUCUAUCAGGUGAGAUCCUCUGAGAGAAACUUGUGGUCUAUGGGACCAAUGAAUGUAGUCUGUGUAGUAGAUGCCCAGCAGGAAUUACUAGACCCCCAGAGUUCAGAGCAGGUUCUUUGAGGCAUCUCAUCUUAUACUAUUGGCUUCUUUGCAGUUUUCUCAAAGAAAAGGGGACAGGUUUGUGGGUGAUCUGGAAUACUAGCCACCAGCCCUUCUGUUUCCAGUUGAGAUUGGCCAUAACAUUCUCUUCCCCUAGAAUAAUUCAACCCUUGCAGCUGCUUAUGGGCAUCACAUAUAGCAGGGAUGUGGAUCUAGAUGGGGAAGAGCCACAGCUCAGUGGUAGAGGACCUGGCUUUCUUUGCAUGCUGAAGGCCACUUGCUCAAUGCGCAGCUUCUCCAACUAGGGCUGGAAAUGUCCCUGGUCCUGCUAUCCUGGAGAAUUGCUGCCAGUCAGUGUAGCCAACACUGAGCUAAAUGGACCAAAGUCCUAGAAGUCAGAGGCUUUCGUUGUCUGUCUGUGGGUUGGUUGGAAUUUGUUUUGUUUUGUUUUAGUCUUGAAAAGUGAAUGGUUAUCUGGUGGGUUCCUAUGUUGUGCUGCUGUGAUUGCUACUGAUACGAUGGCUGAAAGAAUGGUUUUGUGCUGUCUUUUGUGUUCUAGUCAGAUGGUGCUCUGUAAGCGCACCUUCUCCCUCCACACGGGCCCUUUAGCCUCCCGUUUCUGCUGACAUUAGCCUCCAGUUGCUUAGCGCUCUUACAAUGCUGUGUGUGGGCAAGCACUUACAAGCUGCCAAGGAGGAAUUCAACACGCGCUGCCCUUUCGGAUGCCAUCCCACACCAUGACGUAGGAACAAGCCCGGUCUGCUCGGGUAGAUGGAGAGGCAGCGGCUGUUGUGGAGCGCUUCACUCCCUCCUUGUUGUGGUAUCGACUUGCUUUAUAGCAGCAUAAUCCCACUGGAGAUGGGUAGACUUAAUUAGAUUACCGGAUUCGGGUGCGGGUGGAGGGUAAUCCAAUAGCCUUGCUCUACACGACAAGCAGCAAUAGUUGUGAAGCUGAGAGAGCUUUGCGCUCAAUUGCAGCCGCCUUUCCUCUCCAACUUGAACCCCCUUGGGGUCUGACUUUUGAUUCUGGAAAAGCAAUCCACCUAUCUUUAGGAACAUAGGACAUUGCCUUAUACAGUCUGACCAUUGGCUCACCUAGCUCAGUGUUGUCUACAGGGACUUGCCAGAAGCUAUCCAGAGUUUCAGGCAAGGAAUUUCCCCCACCUAGAGAAGUUGGGAAUUGAACCUGAGGUCUUUUGUAUGCAGAGCAGAUGCUCGACUGCUGAACUAUGGCAUUACCCUCUCUUACUUGCUUCCAGACGUAACAAACAAGAUAACAGUUUGUGGACCCUAAGCUUUCAUAUAGCCAGAGAGCCAGCCAAAAUAGCAAACUCAAGGUUGUAGAGAGAGUUUGAGGCAUGCUGGGAAAUACUUGUGGAAUUAUAUUGGAGUGACAGUGCUAACAUCUGAAUAGUGCUUGCAUGCACAUCUGUCAAAGCAUGUUUACUCUUUGGAAAAUAGUCCAGCCAGACUUUUAAGGCAGUCUUGGCCAGUUUCUUCAGGCUGGAGGUGUGGAUGUGUUCAUUUGCACAUUCCACGAGGGACACCAGUUUUAGGGCUGGAAUAAUUUCCCUUCAAGAGCCUAGGAAUUGAGGGGAAAGUGUGGAGUCCUCUUGUUGUUACAGGAGAAGUAAGAAGAAAGUGGUGCCCCCAAUAUAGAGCUGAUUUGGUGCAAAUCAAAACUCUAGAAUCAUAGAAUCAUAGAGUUGGAAGAGACCACAAGGGCCAUCGAGUCCAACCCCCUGCCAAGCAGGAAACACCAUCAGAGCACUCCUGACAUAUGGUUGUCAAGCCUCUGCUUAAAGACCUCCAAAGAAGGAGACUCCACCACACUCCUUGGCAGCAAAUUCCACUGUCGAACAGCUCUUACUGUCAGGAAGUUCUUCCUAAUGUUUAGGUGGAAUCUUCUUUCUUGUAGUUUGGAUCCAUUGCUCCGUGUCCGCUUCUCUGGAGCAGCAGAAAACAACCUUUCUCCCUCCUCUAUGUGACAUCCUUUUAUAUAUUUGAACAUGGCUAUCAUAUCACCCCUUAACCUCCUCUUCUCCAGGCUAAACAUGCCCAGCUCCCUUAGCCGUUCCUCAUAAGGCAUUGUUUCCAGGCCUUUGACCAUUUUGGUUGCCCUCCUCUGGACACGUUCCAGUUUGUCAGUGUCCUUCUUGAACGGUGGUGACCAGAACUGGACACAGUACUCUAGGCAACAACCUGUUGGCCAGGGGUGCCAACUUGAAUACAGUAGUACCUCAGGUUAAGUACUUAAUUCGUUCUGGAGGUCUGUUCUUAACCUCAAACUGUCCUUAACCUGAAGCACCACUUUAGCUAAUGGGGCCUCCUGCUGCUGCUGCGCUGCCGGAGCCCGAUUUCUGUUCUUAUCCUGAAGCAAAGUUCUUAACCUGAAGCACUAUUUCUGGGUUAGCGGAGUGUGUAACCUGAAGCGUAUGUAACCUGAGCUACCACUGUAAAGUAUUGGGGCAGGGGGCAGGUAAGCCCUGCCCAGCACAGUCCAUCACAUGACAAGGUGCACACACACCAGCUGAAUGGCAAUACCCAUCAACUUGGGUGGCGGCUCAAAUAUUUAAUUGGGGGAGGCACAGACUCCUCGGCCUCCAGGAGUUGGCGUCUAUGUUGUAGGCUGCCGGGUGGCAGAUAAAAACUUCCUUGAGGACUAGAUGCGAGUGCAGCCUUUUUGCCACACCCCACCUCAUCUGACUUUAAUGUUUCCCUUCCUGUGGCUGCUAGCCAUGUAUCACAUUUCUCUCUAGUGACACAUUCCUUGUCUUUACCUCAGUGCCUCUCACAAGAGACCAGGUGUGGCCAAUUCUGCCCCAUUAUCAAAUUAUUCCUGCACUACAGCUUUGUUUCAACAACAGAUGUUGCAAGAAGGAAUGGCAAACAAACCGGGAGAAUUAGAUUGGCUAAUUCUGUAGUGACCCAUGAAACUUAAGGGGAAAGCGCAUUCUGUGGGAAUUCAGGGGCAGCCCAGUGUAGGAAAGAGCCCCCCAUCCCACAGAAUGGUAAGGCUGCACAAGUUAUUCUGGCACAAGCACUAACAGUAAAAAUGCAAUCAUAAUAAAAUAGCCAACAGCUUGUUGCCUUUUCAUGACACUCAAAAUCAGGCAGUUACCUCACGUUGCCUAAUGGUAAGGUCAGCCGUUCCCUCUUAUAGUGGGAUUCUUUCAGCUUUCAGCCAGUCCUGUCCCUGCUUGCAUAGCUUGACUACUGAAUAGCUAACUAUCUUCAGGUAUCUGUUCCAGAGAGCUAGCUGUGUUAGUCUGUUGGUGCAAAAAUGAAGAAGAAUCUUGUGGCAUUUGUGGAAAAGGCCUAAGCCUUUUCCUGAAUUGGCUGUGAGUUCCUAUCCCUUCACCCCCUAAGGAUUUUUGAACUGUUUUGGCCAUGGUGGCUGGAGCUGAGGGGAGCUGGAGUCAAAGUACACCCAUAAGGCCACAGGUCACCCACAUCCCUGAUGUAGUGGUGGUGGGGACCUCUGCCUGGGCGUAAUCUGCAGUCUCACUAGAUUCAGCCUCCACCUGCCAUCCAGUCCCAUUUAUCUUUUUAUAUCACGGAAAAACUCUUUUCAGGGUACAGUUCCUAACUGUAGUAAUACUGCUCCUGGACUGAACCAUUUAGAGAGGUGAGGGGGAUGCGAGACUUGAACCUUUCUCCCUGACCCACUAGCUUUUUGCAUGGGGCAAGACUCUGUUGUUGCUUUGAGGGAAAUCUCAUUCUCCUCCCUCCUCACCUUCAGUGGCCCGGUCCAGAAACAAUUUUAUUACUUGAUUUGUGUAAAUUUGAUCAUAGAAAUUUGCUUUCUUUUUGAAAUGGAAUCUAAAAUGCAAAUAAAUGCUUCAAUGGAUUCUGAUGUUUGGAAUAAGAUGGAAAGGCUAGGUGAGAGAGCUGCUUCACUGAGAGCCAGUAAAUAAUCAACUGCAAAGUGACUGACCAAUAAAAUGUUGUAUGCAAAUGGAACCGAUACUUUGGGCCUUCUCAAAUGCUGCAGCUGGCUUAUUUAAUUACUAUGAUUACUAGCCUUUAAAUAAAGGUGACCACUUCUAGCACUUCCCGCAUGAUUUCAGCUUGAGGCUGCAGUAAUUGCCAUGACAAUGGCCCUGGGUGGCGUCAGGGUGGUUUUAGAGCCGAUCACUAACCUUCUCAAGACUGACUGUGACAUCAGAGGGAUGACAUCACAGAGGAACAGCUUGCAGCCGUUCCUCCUUAGAACUGUAGGUGCUUGCCUGUUGCACAGACAUGAAAAUCACGUUGGCAGCGAAUAGCACGUUGGAUAAGGCUGGGCAGGUACAUGGCUGAUGAAGGGUUUCUAUUGGGCAGCAUAGGAGUGUAGCUUUCAGAAGGACCUGUUCCUAUAAGCUUAUACUAGGUUCAAGCUAGGUUCAAGGUGCUGGUACGUACUGAUGCAGAAAACCCUAUGCAGCUUGGGUGUAGGAUACCUAAAAUGUUGUCUCACCCCCUACAUACCCAAUUGAUCACUGUAUCCUGCAAAAACCAUCCUACCAGGCGGUUCAUUCCACAUGGUGUUGGAAUUGGGCCUUUAGUGUGCAGCAUCUACCCUUCGAAAGUCCCUCCCGUUGCAUAUCGGUCACCUUCUCUAUUGUCUUUCUGGUGCCUGCUAAAACAUUCCUCUUUCAACAAGCCUUCUGAAAUCUUUACCCUAGUUGGUAUCUCUCUUGGAAUUGAACUGAUUUUAGGCCUGUGCUGUUGUUCUAAGCUCUUUUUAUAUGUAUGAUCAUUUUUAAGAAUUGCUUUUAUAUAUGUGUUAUAUGUUUUAUAUAUGUGGCGCUGUGGUCUAAACCACUGAGCCUAGGGCUUGCUGAUUGGAAGGUCGGUGGUUCGAAUCCCCGCGACAGAGUGAGCUCCCGUUGCUUGGUCCCUGCUCCUGCAGUUCAAAAGCACGUCAAGUGCAAGUAGAUAAAUAGGUACCGCUCCGGCGGGAAGGUAAACGGCGUUUCUGUGCACUGCUCUGGUUUCACCACAUGACCCGGAAAAACUGUCUGCAGACAAACGUCAGCUCCCUCAGCCAGUAAAGCGAGAUGAGCUCCGCAACCCCAGAGUCGUUUGCGACUGGACUUAACUGUCAGGGGUCCUUUACAUUUUUUAUGUUUUAUAUGUGUGUAAAUCACUUUGGGAUGCCACAUGGGAAGCAAUUCAUAAAUGAAAUAAAUAAAUAAAUAAAAAGUACCAUAAUUUUCAGGCAGUUGUGCUAGGGCUCUUGAACCUUCUUCACAGUUUCCAUUCUUUUCCACCUUGUUCACGGAAUGGACCUUGGGAAAAGGUUGUUUAUAUCUGCUGGAGAACUAGGAUUAGGACUUCACCGUAAUUUGGUGCAAGACUUUUCAUGCUGCUUCUUAUCCCACGUAGACUUGUGGUUGACUGAGACUAUGGGUGGGUAUGGGAGAGGAGUUCACUUCCCACCACUGGGAAACUCCUCUCUCUUGGGGGCCUGCAUCUGGUGUUGGGUCAAAGAGACAGGUUAGAGAUGCCUACCCUACUGCUCCACAGCUUCCCCAACAGAGGUUGUCUUGGCUGUGGGUUGAAGGAACCCAGAACUGUGGUUUUGGGUGAGUUGCCAAAGUUCUCCCAAGUUAGCAAAGCUCAUUUGAUGUCAAAUCCACAUCAAAAUAGAGCCUUUAGUGUUGUUGGCCUGGUCCUGUGGAAUGCUCUGCCAAUAGAGAUUCAGCAGGCACAUUUUGUUUCAACCUUUAAAUGCUUACUGAAAACUUUUCUAUUCUGCCUGGCUUAUGCAGGCAAUUCAGAAUCCAUAUUUCCAUAACAGUUAGUUGAUGGACUCUGACGGCCCAGUAUACCUGAAGGGGCGUCUCCACCCCCAUCGUGCAGCCCGGACACUGAGGCCCAGUUCCGAGGGCCUUCUGGCGGUUCCCUCACUGUGGGAAGUGAGGUUACAGGGAACCAGGCAAAGGGCCUUCUUGGUACAGUGGUGCCCCGCAAGACGAAUGCCUCGCAAGACGGAAAACCCGCUAGACGAAAGGGUUUUCCGUUUUGGAGGUGCUUCGCAAAACGAAUUUCCUAUGUGCUUGCUUCGCAAGACGAAAAUGUCUUGCGAGUUCCUGCGGGGUUUGUUCCCCCCCUUUUUCCCAAGCCGCUAAACCGCUUAUCAGCUGAUGGCUAAGCCGCUUAACAGCUGAUGCUAAGCCGCUUAUCAGCUUAUCGUUAAGCCGCUUAUCAGCUUAUCGUUAAGCCGCUUAUCAGCUGAUCCACUAAGCCCGCUAAGCCGCUAAUACUGUAGCACUAAUCCGCUAAACCGCUAAUGGGCUUGCUUCGCAAGACGAAAAAACCCGCAAGACGAAGAGACUCGCGGAACGGAUUCUUUUCGUCUUGCGAGGCACCACUGUAGUGGUGCCCACCCUGUGGAACGCCCUCCCAUCAGAUGUCAAGGAAAUAAACAACUAUCUGAUUUUUAGAAGACAUCUGAAGGCAGCCCUGUUUAGGGAAGUUUUUAAUGUUUGAUGUUUUGUAUUGUUUUCAAUAUUCUGUUGGGAGCUGCCCAGUGUGGCUGUGGAAACCCAGCCAGAUGGGCGGGGUAUAAGUAAAAAAAUAUUAUUAUUAUUAUUUAUUUAUAUUGUAUGUGUUUUAUUUUACAUAGAUAUUAUUGCAAACUGCUUUGAUAUAUUUUAUGAUACAGUGAUACAUAAAUGCUUUUAUGAAUAAAGAAAGAGAUCCUGGAUCUCACGAACUAUUGCUUUUGCUUAAAGGAAUCCAAUGGGCCCACGGAUGCCUAUGCAGCCAUUGCUAGAGCUGACCGGCUGACGCAGGAGCCUGAGAGCAUCCGCAAAUGGCGAGAGGAGCAGAAAAAGAGACUGCAGGAGUUGGGUAGGAAUGAGAAGGAGCAAAUAUAAACUGUACAAAUGUCUGUUUUGUACUUCUAAUGCAGAUUUUUGAGGGGCAGACGGAGCUGGCCCAAGCUGUUAUGACAUACUUUGUCAAUCCGGCUCUGUCCAGGUGCUGUGGACUACAACUCCCAUCAGCCCCAGCCAGCAAAAAUGUCUGAGGCGGUGCUGAGUACCCAAGGCCAGUCAAGUUAUUUGGGCACCAGAGGCAGAAAAUUGUCCCAAGUGUGCCUCUCUUCCAUGGCUAUAAAAAUACAACAAAUUAAAAUAAGUAACAGUUUGACACCCCAAAUCAGCUUCCUCACUCUGGUUAAUGGGAGAGCCAGCUCCCAGGAGCAGAAACCUGUGAAUAAUGAAUUGAGGGGUAGGAGGAUUUCAUCAGAGAAAAGGCUACAAGGAAGAACUUUAAAGGGUAAAAUGAAAAAGUCAUUGUAGAUCUGUAGAGGGUUGCAGGGGAUGAAAAGCCACUAGGAUAAUAGGGACGUAUAUGUGGCUGGGGCUGAGGGAGUUGGGAAACAUAGAAUAAUUAAGAAGAUGGCAAUGGAACCUAAAACAUCCAAAUAUAGUGAGAAGGCAGUAGGGAAAGACAUAUACAUUAGGGGUUCUAGACAGAAUUUUAGCCACAAGCUUCACCUCAGGAGAGCUAUUUUCAUGGGGCUUCAGCUGGAUAUACAGAACUAGUAGGCCUCCUUCAUAACACAGAGCCUGACUAGUUGGGUGUACACUGAUUUGUCUCCUAGUGCUUAUGCUCCUCCCUCAUUUCCACUUAGUCCACUGCCUGUGUGCCCACAUCUUUGCCCUUGUUAUCUGUGUUCUGAGACUGCUUAGAGCAGCACUUGGGCUAUAUCUUGUGAAGGGGCUCUUCCAUAUUGUUACAGCCAGCAGCUCCCUGCCUCAGCUUCCUUCCAAGGGCUGUGGCAAAAGGACAGCAGCUCACUGGUACAGCAUCUGCUUAGCAUGGAGAAGGUCCUAGGUUUUAUUCUCAGCAUCUCCUCAGGGCCAGCUUUGUGAGGUGCUGGGCUGCGGCUGAGACUUGUCUCUGUCGCCAUCCUUCUGCCCAGCAGUUAUGUGUCGUUCUCCUUUCAGAUGUGACCUCCAAGGUGUUAGAGCAGGAAUGGCGUGAAAAGGCCAAGAAGGACUUGGAAGAGUGGAACUUGCGGCAGAACGAGCAGAUGGAGAGGAACAGGGCCAACAACAGGUAUGACUGGGCGGGACAGCUUUUAGCCCCUGCCAAUAAUAGCUCACUUCACCCCCAGCACCUGCCAAAGUAUCAGAGCUUCCCCUGGGAGCCAUAGCGCAGCCUGAGAAAAGGGACCUCGCUCUUUUGGCUCCCACACAUCCCUGGGGGCAGGCUGGGUAAGGGAGCUUGGAGAUAAAAACCCUGAACCGUAUUUCUACCAGGCCACACCAUCACAGUUGUGCAAUAAAUUUAUAUGGGCCAAAUACAGUGGUACCUUGGGUUAAGUACUUAAUUCAUUCCGGAGGUCUGUUCCUAACCUGAAACUGUUCUUAAUCUGAAGCACCACUUUAGCUAAUGGGGCCUCCUGCUGCCGCCGUGCCGCCGGAGCACGAUUUCUGUUCUCAUCCUGAAGCAAAGUUCUUAACCUGAAGCACUAUUUCUGGGUUAGCGAAGUCUGUAACCUGAAGCGUAUGUAACCCGAGGUACCACUGUAAUGGAUUCUGGUGAGAGUGCCUCACCAGGCAGCAAGACUGGUCACUCUUGCAUUCAGAUCUGCAACACGCAGGCGAGCCUUUCCACAUUAUCUGCUGCAUGACUUCAAGGCGUUGCCAGACUAGUUACUGCAAACAUUCUGGGUGGGUUUCCUUUGACUCCCUUGCAGUCAAUCUAAGAUUUGGGUUCGCUGCUUCCUAGAAGCUGCUGUCUCUGUUUUUGUGGGGUUAUGGACCAUGCCAAAUAUUUCAUCUCCAUAAGGGGGCUUCCGUCUGUCACUCCUAAGCGUUUGACUAAUGAAUCUCUAACCAACCCAUGGGAGCUUCCCCAUGCCUCCUCUCCUGCUUUGUCUGAUUCUGUUGCUCCUCCAAGGGCACUAACCCACCUUUCUCUCUUUAACUCUUUGCUGCCUCUCUGCUGUGCUGCUUUCUUCUGUCUCUGGGUCACACCGUAGGAUUGCUGACAAAGCCUUUUACCAGCAGCCGGAUGCCGAUGUGAUUGGCUACGUGUACGUCUCUCUAUUGCUCUUUUCCCCUUUGGGUCCUUUCCUAAGUGGAUCUCCUGUAUGCGGCUGUUGGGCUCUAUUCCCUAAGCUUAAGUUUGCUAGUUACACAAGAGCUCAGGUGUGCAUUUGAGGGUCUCUUUGUUGCCAGACAUUUUACAAGUGAAGAAAGGGCUUGUGCAAAUGUUUCAGGAUGGCUAAUGCUGCAUUGGUUCCUCCCUUUUAUACAGAGAGUUUCCAGGCAUAUAUUCAGAGCGUGAGUGCAGCCAUUUGACUGAAUAGUUUCCCCCAGUUUCCUUUAGAAAGUCUAGUGCUUCUUUGAUAUUGUUGUACUCAGAGCCAUUCCUAUCCCAAGAGGGUUUUGGCUGAUCUUUAUGUGCUGUUUCUUUUCUUUUGAGAACUUUUUAUUGCAGAAAAGGAAACAAAUAAUAUUAAUUUGUUUGAGUUCAGAAAGGUGAACUGAAAGCGACUUAGAAAUACAAACAUAUUCCGAAAUAACUUACACAUAAAGCAACGAGACAUUAUAGCAGCUAUAACAAACAUGACACGUGAGGAAAGUGUUUCCAUUACUAAUUGUGCUUUGUGUUUCUCUGCCACUUAAGGCUGUUCCUUUAUUGUUGAUUGUUCUUUCCUGAUAAGUAAGUGGCAGUGCCCUUUAAUCUUCUUUUGAUGUGAAAGGCAAUCUAUUUUCAAUCUCCAGUUAACCAAGCAAUUCCUCUUGGCUACCUGACUGGCAUAGUACCAUAGAUAAGGAGGUGCUUGCCUGCUUCUUUUUCUGAGCCUGACCCUUUGCUCGCUUGCCUCCUUCUCCAGGGCCUCGGAGGAAGCCUUCAUGAAGGAGUCCAAGGAAGAGAUGCCCGGCACCGAAUGGGAGAAAGUGGCCCAACUCUGUGACUUCAACCCCAAGAGCAGCAAGCAGUCCAAGGAUGUGUCGCGCAUGCGCUCUGUGCUGAUCUCUCUCAAACAGACACCCCUGGCCCGCUAG